AUGGGGAAAGUUCUAUCUUAUAGGUAUUUGACAUGUCAGGUAGCUCUCCUGUUUGUAUUCCUUGUGUUUUUCCUGAUAUAUUUGCUGUCAGUAGAUUGGGAUUUUACGUUUAUAUGGAAAUCAACACCAAAAGUUGAAUUGUUCAACGAUAAUGACAUUGAAAUCCGUAUAAAGGAAGGUGUAGACUCUGCGAAUCGUGUUCAGGAUGCUACAUUAUUUACUCUUUGCCAGAACACAGACCUGGGUGGAAUGCUACAUAGCAUCAAAUCGGUUGAAGAACGGUUUAACAAUCGCUAUCAUUAUCCAUGGGUUUUCGCCAAUGAUGUGCCAUUUAGUGAUGAUUUCAAAGAUAGAAUAUCAGAAGCUGUUAGUGGAAAUGCGAUUUUCACCACAAUACCAAAACAGUAUUGGGAGGUGCCUGCUAAUAUUGAUAUGAAAUAUGUUGAGAUGCAACUAAAGAAGAUGAAGGCAGAGGGAGUCCUAUAUGGUGGAAAUCUUUCAUAUAGACAAAUGUGUCGAUUCAACUCUGGGUUUUUCUAUAAGCUAGAAGCUUUGAAGGAAUACGAAUGGUAUUGGAGAGUGGAGCCAAACAUUAAGUUCAAAUGCGAUAUUCCAUAUGAUCCAUUCCAAGUUAUGAAGAAAGAGGAAAAAGUAUAUGGGUUUGCAUUAGCGAUGAUAGAAGAUCCAAGGACGAUAAGGAGGUUAUGGAAAACAACUAGAGAUUAUUUUGAAACCCAAGAAGACUGGGCUAGUAAGAUUCCAGAGAGUAGCCAUUACAACAAGUUUGACGAUGAUUCAAGGUCUCUUGAAUUCAUUGAGCAAAAUGUGGAUGCUAAAGAAAUGGUCCGUGGUGACUUCAACCUCUGUCACUAUUGGACAAACUUUGAAAUUGCCAACUUGGAUUUUUUUAGGAGUCCCAAUUAUGAAAACUAUUUCCAAAUUCUGGAUAAUACCGGUAAUUUUUUCUAUGAACGAUGGGGAGAUGCCCCUGUACAUACGUUAGCAGUCAGUUAUUUACUACCUGUAUCCAAAAUCAAAUACUUUGAUAACACAGGGUAUUUUCACGAAACAAUCGGCAACUGUCCUAGAGAGAAGAGUCUUCAUCGAGAACUAAAUUGUAUGUGUUCCCGGUAUACAGAGUUUAGUUGGAAUGUUUACUCGGCUGUUCCGCGUUGGUUCGAGGCCUUUGGACUCCCCCUGCCCAGAGAGAAACACUAUUAA